AUGGAUUCUUCCCUCUUCAAGUCUCUCGUCGAGGUCGAGUCUCGUGAGGCCUCGGUCGCCGCUGCCUCGCCCAGCGACGGUUUCCCCCCUCCACCCCAGAAGGCUGUCCAACGAACGUAUCCCGGUGCCCCGUACCGGGGUGACGAGUCCAUCGAGCUCCAGAGGCUUCACACCGAGCAUGGUGUCAGCCGCCCGUCGUCUCGACCGGGAACACCACCCUCCUCACCGCCGGGCGGGAGCGAUCUCGAGAUGAGCCGCCCCGGCAGUCCUUCUCAAGAUGCGACCGACAUUACCGAGCCCCUUCAAAGCAUGUGGGAUCCCUACAUGAACCGAUGGCGGCUUCUGACUGCCUGUCUGAUGAACCUGGGCAACGGUCUCAAUGACAGUGCCCCGGGCGCCCUGAUUCCUUACAUGGAGAAGCACUACAACAUCGGAUACGCCGUCGUGUCGCUCAUUUUCGUGGGCAAUGCCUUGGGCUUCAUCUUUGCCGCUGUGUUCCUGGACGCUCUGCGCGCACGCAUGUCCCGCGCGCACCUGCUCGUAUUCGGCCAGGCCAUCCUCCUGGCGGCGUACAUCCCCCUCAUCGUCGGGGGCCCCUUCCCAGCCAUCAUCGUCGGCUUCUUCUUCCUGGGCUUCGCCAUGUCGAUCAACCUGGCCAUGAACAACAUCUUCUGCGGCUCCCUGCAGAACGCGACGACGGCCCUCGGUGCCAUGCACGGCAGCUACGGCAUCGGCGGCACGGUGGGCCCCAUCAUCGCGACGGCCAUUGCGACGUCCGGCAACCCGUGGUACCGAUUCUACCUGCUGCCGCUGUCGCUGGCGUUUGGCAACCUGUUCUUCGGCUGGUGGUCGUUUGCCAAGUUUGAGCGCGACCAGCCGCUGACGCUGCAGCCGACGCUCUCGGCGGCGGCGCUGGCCGCCAACUCGCAGUUCCUCUCCAUGUUCUACGCGCUGCGCAUGCGGCUCGUGCUGCUGGGCGCGCUCUUCAUCUUUGCCUACCAGGGCGCCGAGGUGUCCAUCUCGGGCUGGGUCAUCUCGUUCCUCAUCGCGACGCGCGACGUCGGCGACCCCGGCGCCGUCGGCUACGUCACGGCCGGCUUCUGGGCCGGCAUCACCCUCGGCCGCUUCCUGCUGAGCGCGCCGGCGCAGCGCAUCGGCGAGAAGCGCUUCGUCUACAUCGUCACGGCCGGCGCCGCCUGCUUCCAGCUGCUCGUGUGGCAGGUGCCCAACCUCGUCGGCGCCGCCACGUCCCUCGCCAUCGUCGGCCUGCUGCUGGGGCCCAUCUACCCAUGCGCCGCCGCCGUUUUCAUGCGCGGCAUGAGCGGCAAGCACCGCGCCAGCGGCAUGGUCGUCAUCUCGGCCUUUGGCAGCAGCGGCGGCGCCGUCGCGCCCUUCACCACCGGUCUGCUGGCCCAGGCCUUUGGGACCUGGGUGCUGCACCCCAUUGCGCUGGGGCUGUUUGUGUGCAUGACGGCCUGCUGGUUCUGGCUGCCGACGCAGAGGAAGCGCAACGAGUAG